AUGUCGGCUGCUGGCUCGUCUGACGAAGAACUCAAGAGUGGAGUGUACAAAGGAUGGUUCCUCGAGAUCAACGACCAGUGGCCGGGACAAGCCAUGGCGAUCAAAGUGAAGUCGGACUUGUUCCAUGGAAAGUCCGAGUACCAGGACGUCUCAGUCUAUGAGACGGAGACGUAUGGCAAAAUGAUGACGCUGGAUGGGGUGAUCCAGAGCACUCAGCGAGAUGAGUUCUCGUACCACGAGAUGAUCGCCCACCUCCCCCUCUUCUCCCACCCCAACCCCGAGCAUGUCUGCGUGAUCGGAGGAGGAGACGGUGGGGUCCUCCGGGAAAUCAUGCGACACGACUGCGUCAAGUCAGCUGUGCUCUGCGACAUCGACGGAGUUGUCAUCGAGCAGUCCAAGGUUCAUCUGAAGCAUCUCUCCUGCGGCUUCGACGACCCUCGCUCGGAGGUCCGGGUCGGGGACGGGCUGGCGUUCCUCAAGGAGAAGGUGUCAGCCUUCGACGUCAUCAUCGUCGACUCCUCCGACCCCGAUGGGCCCGCAGGGUCUCUCUUUGGCGAGGAGUUCUACAAGGUGGUGCACAAGGCUCUCAAGCCGGGCGGAGUCACCUGCUCCCAGGGUGAAUGCAUGUGGUUGCAUCUAGACCUCAUCAAGAGCAUGAUGCAAUGUUGUAGAGGCAUCUUUUCUAACGUCCAGUACGCCUACACAACCAUACCAACAUACCCAUCAGGUCAGAUCGGGUUUCUCUUGUGCGCUAAGGAUGCGGGAACAACCUUCAACGAACCUGUUCGUGCACCCAGUGACUUGAUGAUGGAGGCGCUACAGUACUACUCCUCCGACAUCCACAGGGCAGCCUUCGUCCUUCCUAACUUUGCGCGGAGAAAGCUCGAUGUGAAUCUGCCACCUCUGACCUUCAAGUAAGCUGCAGGUUGUAUAUAAAGAUCUCUUAAGAGA